AGUAAAUAUAACGAAAGGCAAGUCAAAAUCUCUCCAUUAUCACUCCGAUGGCGUCGAGAGCAGAGCAGCGCAAGCCUCGUCGAGGUAAAACUCGUCCUGCCGGGCGUAAAGAUGACCCUCCUGAAGUUCGUCUGUCCAAAACUUUGGCAUACGCGUUGCGUCACGGAGCUGAGGAUCUCCAACUGGACAUGAGACCGUCGGGGUUAGUCCCGUUGGCUCAACUUCUCUCUCUCUCACUGUUCCAGUCAUUCACGGAGCAACAGGUCGAAGAAGUUGUGCGUACCAACGCUAAAAAGCGGUUCUCAAUGACCACAGACGAGUCCGGAGCCGUGAAAUUCAUCCGAGCCAAUCAGGGACACACGCUCCAAUUGGUGCAGGACGAGGAGCUCUUGACUCCUUUGGAAGACCCUAAUGCCAUUGACAAGUGUGUCCAUGGGACGUAUCUCAAGUUCUGGGAGAGUAUCUGGAACUCUGGACUGUCUAAGAUGCAGAGAAACCACAUCCACUUUGCCGAGAGGGAGGUAAUGGAUGAUCAGGUGGUGAGUGGCAUGCGGUCGAACUGUAACUUGCUGCUGUACAUCGACUUCCCCAUGGCGGUGAAGGACGGAAUCAAGUUCUACAAGUCCAGCAACAACGUGGUAUUGAGUUCUGGCUUGGGGGACACGGGGGUUAUUGAUCGACGCUACUUUCUUCGAGCGGUCAAGAGAGAUGGAACGAUAGUGUAUGAAAGAGAGUAAAUUUUGUUUUCUCUUAAACCUACGAAAAUAGUCAGCGAACUAAAUCUCCGCU